AUGGCGAGCAAGAAGCGGUCGUACGAGAAGCUGCCGUUCGGCGCUCCGCCGAGGCAGCCGGACGAGCCGUUCAAUCCGUUCGUCAACCACAGCGCGCCGAUCGAUACGCCCUACGAGAUCGUUAAGCUCACGCUCAUGUUCCCCGUGUUCCUCGCUCGCGCGGUGCUCAUGUUCGUCUGCUUUAUCUUCGGAUACCUCUUCGCGCGUCUCGCGCUUAUUGGCGCGAAGCACAUCCACACCAAGCCCUUCCCCAAGUGGAGGAGGAACAUCCUGUGGCCCGCUAAGCUGCUGACACGUGGCGUUCUCCUCGCCUGCGGAUACAACUGGAUUGAGGUGAAAGGCAAGAUCGCGUCCAGGGCAGAGGCGCCCAUUAUCGUGUGCAACCAUGUCACAUUCGUUGACCCCGUCUUCCUCUUCAUGGCUCACCUGCCGAUGAUCAUCACGGCUAAAGAGAACAUGAAUAUCUUUAUAGCGGGGACAAUCAUGAAGGCCCUUCAGGCCAUAACAGUUGACCGUGCGUCCCCCACGUCGCGCAAGGACGCAUCAUACGAGAUAAAGAAGCGCGCCAUGUGCAACGACUGGGCGCGAGUUCUCCUCUUCCCCGAGUCCACCACCACCAACGGCCGCUCGCUCGUGUCCUUCAAGACGGGCGCCUUUGCUCCGGGCCUGGCGGUGCAGGCGGUGGUGGUGACGUACCCCUACACGUCGUUUGACCCCUCCUGGGUGGCCGAAGGGCUCCCCGAUAUGACCCUGCUGUGGCGCAUCAUGUCCCAGCCUCACAACCGCAUGCGCGUGGAGUAUCUGCCGGUAAUUGUGCCGACAGAAGAGGAGAAGCGAGAUGCACGCAAGUUCGCAGAGAGGGUCCGUCUGGCCAUGGCGCGGCGCCUCAACCUGGCCCUCACCGACCACUCCUUUGGCAACGUACUGCUGGCGCUCGAGGCGAAGAAGCUCAAGCUGCCGGUGGGCACGGCAAACGUGGAGUUUGGGCGGCUGGAGCAGCUGUUCCGGGUGGACGUGAGGGAGGCGAAGCAGUAUUUGAGACGAUUCCAUGCCAUGGACGUGGGGCACUGUGGCACUGUGAGCUACCCCGGGUUCCUCUCAGCGCUGGGACUGCCCGAUUCGGAGGCUUCUCAGAUGCUCUUUGACUUUCUCGACACCAACGAGCGCGGCACAAUCAACUUCAGAGAGUUCCUGGCAGGGCUGGUCUUUGUGUCGCGCCAUCCUCAAUUCCACGACUCGGUUGAGAAGGCUUUCAAGCGGUUGGAUUUGGACGGAGAUGGACGGCUGACAGCGCACGAGGCCAAGGAGGGCAUGCGGGAGCUCUUCCCUGCGAUCACAGAUGAGCAGCUGGCCAAGCUGUGCGAGCUGCUGGGGCUCAACAGCAAGACGUCUCUCUCCUGGGAUGAGUUUGAGCAUUUCCUCAAGACCAACCCCGAGUAUCUGGUGGCCAUUCUGGCCGCUGAUUUGGCUGAUGCCAAGGUGGAGGAAGAGAGCAGCGAAAUGCCUCCCUCCCUCUCCCCACCCCAUCCUGUCAUGGAACGGACGGAACCAAUUUGGCGGAUCAACUUCAAGGCGUUGUUGAGCCACCUACCUUGCUGCCAAGGUGUUCACCUUUCUCGAUUUCGUCUUGCUCGUCCUGCCAUCACACAGUACUAUCGUGCAAAGGUCAAGAUGGUGAUGGAUAAGGACGCCAAGAUCUAUGUGGCUGGCCACACCGGUCUUGUGGGAUCAGCCAUCUGCAGGAAGCUCAAGAAGGAGGGAUAUAACAAUGUCGUCGGAAAAUCCAUUGAGGAGCUUGAUCUGACACGGCAAGCGCUCGUCGAGGAGUACAUGAAAACGGAGAAGCCUGAUUAUGUCAUCGUCGCUGCUGCGAAAGUCGGCGGAAUUCACGCUAACAGCGUCUACCCCGCCGAUUUCAUCGGAAUCAAUCUUCAAAUCCAGACCAAUCUCAUCGAUGCCGCUUACAGGGCCGGAGUGAAGAAGCUUGUCUUCCUCGGAUCGUCUUGCAUCUACCCGAAGCUUGCUCCCCAGCCUAUUACUGAGGAUGCUCUGCUAACCGGACCCCUGGAGCCCACGAACGAGUGGUAUGCCGUUGCCAAGAUCGCCGGUAUCAAGAUGUGCCAAGCCUACAGAAUUCAGUACAACUUCGAUGCCAUCUCAGCGAUGCCGACCAACAUGUACGGCCCGUACGACAACUUCCACCCGACCAACUCCCACGUGCUGCCUGCUCUGAUCCGACGGUUCCACGAGGCCAAGAAGACCGGAGCCAAGGAGGUGGUCUGCUGGGGUACCGGCACUGCUCUGCGUGAAUUCAUGCACACGGAUGAUCUCGCAGAUGCUCUCGUCUUCCUGCUCAACAACUACAGCGACAUUCCCCACCUGAACGUGGGAACCGGCAUCGAGCUCACGAUCAAGCAGCUCGCGGAGACGGUCAAGGAGGUUGUGGGGUACGAGGGCGAGAUCACGUGGGACACGACCAAGCCCGACGGCACGCCCAGGAAGCUCAUGGACAGCUCGAACCUGCACAAGCUGGGGUGGAAGCCCAAGGUGGGGCUCAAGGAGGGCCUCACGGAGGUGUACAAGUGGUACCAGGAGAACUACAAUGUCUGA